AUGCCUUUCCCGCCUCGGCGGAACACCCAGCUGAUCAUGACACUCAAUUCCCGCAUCUAUCUGAAGAGAUGUAUAUCUGUGUUGUUGGGGUCUGUGAGAGGGCAGCCGGGCCGUAACUCACGGCGGGCCGGGGGGGCUUGGAGAGAACGGGCGAAGAGGGCUCUUAAAAUCGGAAUCCGGACGAUGGGACUUUAUGACUGUGCUUAUAUAUAUAUAUAUACACGUGUUGAACUGGCUUUCCCGCAGUUGAUAAAUAUAAAUAUACCUAAAUAA